AUGGGUUCUUGGUCAGACACUACAUUUGAGCCGAUGUCAACUACCCAUAAAGAGACAUGCUCAGCACAGAGUCAUGAGACUGGAUGCAGCUCUGUCUACAUUGGUAGCAAAGAGGAGGCAUCCAUUGUCAACAUUGCUGCUGAGUCUGGAAAUACUGUUGUACCUCCACCUCUAUUCUGGUAUAAGAUCAGGGCAUACGGUCGCGAUGCUUUUUCCGAGUUCUUCGGGACUAUGAUCCUGAUACUGUUCGGCGAUGGAGUCGUGGCACAAGUUCUCCUGAGUAACGAUCAGAAAGGGAAUUAUCAAUCAAUCACCUGGGGCUGGGGACUGGGUGUCAUGCUUGGGGUAUACGUCAGCGGUCCAUCAGGCUCGCAUAUCAACCCAGCCGUAACCUUCGCAAACUGUGUCUUCAGAGGCUUUCCCUGGCGCAAAUUCCCCAUCUACGUUCUCUCCCAGGUUCUUGGGGCUAUGUGCGGUGCUGCAAUUGUGUACGGCAAUUAUAAAUCUGCCAUUGACGUCUUUGAAGGAGGACCCAAUACUCGCACCGUUCCUGGAUACUCAACCACAGCAACAGGAGGGAUAUUUUGUACCUAUCCUGCCAGUUUUAUGACAAAGACUGGACAAUUCUUCUCGGAAUUCCUGGCGAGUGCCAUAUUGAUGUUCAUGAUAUUCGCACUCAAAGACGAUAACAACAUCGGCGCAGGCCAUCUAACGCCGCUAGCACUAUUCUUCGUGAUAUUCGGUAUCGGUGCGUGUUUCGGCUGGGAAACUGGAUAUGCAAUCAAUCUAGCCCGAGAUUUUGGCCCCAGACUUGUCUCAUACAUGAUUGGAUACGGGCAUGAGGUGUGGGCAGCGGGUGGCUACUACUUCUGGGUUCCAAUGGUAGCCCCAUUCCUUGGCUGCACAUUUGGCGCCUGGAUAUAUGAUCUCUUCUUAUAUACUGGACUGGACAGUCCAAUCAAUACGCCGUGGAUGGGAAUUAAGCGUUCAUUCGGGCCUUUGCACAAGAAACAAGUGGCUUUGCAAAGCCCGGUUUGA